AUGGUGCUAAAGACAAAAACUCUGCUUGUAACUGGUAAGCGCUUGGAGAAGAAAAUUUCAAACAGGGCUCGGAAAAUUGCAUGUAACGGUAGCGAGAUUGAGUAAGUCACUUCACAGAAACUACUUGGGGUAACAUUAGACAGCCACCUAAAUUUUAAUGAACAUGUUAAUAAUCUUUGCAAGACAGUGGCACAAAGGAUUGCUGUACUUAAAAAAAUUAAGCGUAAUUUGCCCCUAGCAGUGCGCAAGCUGUUUUUAAUGCAUUGAUUAAGCCCAUCUUAUUGAGUGGAUCUUGCGCAAGCACUACGGCAACGGAAGAGAAUAUGUGUAUUUAAACUGCAAAAGCAGACAACUCGGGUAAUUUUAGAUGCAAAUAUAAGAGAUUGGAGUAAAGACCUUUUUAGACGGCUUGAUUGGUUGCCGUUUAAGGACUAAGUCAAUCUUCAACAGUGUAGUUUAAUAUUUAGGCGCAUAAGAAACGAAGAUGACUGCCUAGACUAUAUAACGAAACUAUUACCUAGAAACUCAGAUCUCAGGAGCGACAGCAGAGCUAGCCGUUAUGGAAAGUUUAAUUUG